GAUGGCCGACGAAGGGGAGAACGAAGUCUAUUCACAAGACAUAAUGGUGGAUAGCAAAGAGGAGGGAGAAGCAUUACCAAAGAGUGAACCUAAGAAAAACUUACUAAAAUGGAUGGAGAUCACAUUGUCAGAACCCGAGAGGCGUGUUGGGAUCUCCAUGAAGAUGCAGGAGACAUACAUGGUCUAUCUGAUAGAAACAAAAAUAACUGAUGAAACAGUAGAAGGUUAUGGUGAUCCACCUACUUCUAUAUGGAGAAGAUACAGUGAGUUUGAAAUGCUGAGAAACUACUUAGAAGUCAUGUACCCUUUUGUGGUUGUGCCUCCUCUACCAGAAAAGAAGGCCACAUUCACUUGGCAGAAGUCAACUACAGAUAAAUUUGAUCCAGAAUUUAUUGAGAGGAGGAGAGUUGGCUUAGAGAAUUUUGUUUUAAGAGUAGCAUCUCACCCAUUAAUGUCUCAAGAUGAAUUAUUCAGGGAUUUUCUCAAACAGGAAGAGGGGUGGAGAGAAAAACUAAUUGAAACUGGAUACCAAGCAAAGGGUGAUUCAAAACUGCGAACAUUGAGUGCUUCCUAUAGAAUUAAGAAGCCAGACUCCAGGUUUGAAGAAAUGAAGAGUUACAGCAAUGAGUUGCAGUCUCACAUUGGAAAUGUACUGAAAAUUAGAGCUAAAUUAUGUGACAGGCUGUAUGCAUAUCACAAAGUUAAUGCCAACUACGGCCGUGUCUUCAGUGAGUGGAGUGCUCUUGAGAAAGAAAUGGCAGAUGGUUUACAAAGUGCUGGACAUUUUGUUGACGUGUAUGCUUCAUCCAUAGAUGCUCUGUUAGAGGAUGAAGAACAGUUUGCAGAUCAACUGAAGGAGUAUUAUGCUUUCUGUGAUGCUGUAAGGAACGUCUGCAGGAGACAAGAGCUUGCUCAACUCAACAUGGAGAAAGCUGAGGAAAACUUAACUUAUAAAAGGAAUCAGAGGGACCAGCUGGCAGAAGGUAAGACAUCGGGUUUGUCAUUGACUGGACUGAAGAGCAAACUGUUUGGAGGAGACACGGCAGAGCAGAGAGAAGAGAAGCUGAAAGUUUUGGAUGAACAGAUCAAGGAAGCAGAGGCACAGGUCAAGACACAGACAGAGGAGGCAAGAGAAUUUGUUAAAGAUGCACUGCAGGAUUUGGAGAGGUUCCAGAGACAGAAGGUCAAGGACUUGAAGGAGAGUUUCACCAAUUAUGCCUUAUUUCAGAUUGAGAGAUGUAAAAAGGGCAUAGAAGUAUGGCAGAAAACAAGAGAGUGUUUUGAGAAGAUGUAAAUCACCAACCACUGUCAUUUUAUAAGCUAUGUUUGAUGAUGAGAUUGGACCAGUGAAAUAUCCAAAGACCAUUCCCAUAGCUUAUAUAUUAGUUUAUUGUCGGGAUGCAAGGCAGUUGUGUGGAAUAGACUCAUUGUGUCUUUUAUUUAUUUAUUUAUUUAUUUAUUUAUU